AUGAUAUGGGUUUUGUUGUGCAUGGCGGUGUUGCUGGCGAACGCCGCAAGCGUGGGUUGCAUGCGGAGCAGAGAGUUGGAUUCGAUGCUUGACAACCUACGAGUGAGAGGGUACGACCUCUUCUGCAACGCAAUCAUGACCUCAGAUCUCCAAAUCGAACUUCUCUCUGACCAAAGUCAGAGAGAGGCAAACAUUAACACCUCCCACUCCUUCACCUUCUUCGCUCCCACCGACGCUUCACUGUUCGCACUCGACAUGACUCAAACGGCAUCGUCUUACACAGACACUCUCCGGCACCACGUGGUCCCUCGCCGCCUCUCCCUUGCCCAGCUUCGUCUCCUCCCCGAGGGCUACAUGCUCCCCACUCUCCUCUCUCAACGCCACCUCCAACUCACGCGCAGUUCUCCCUCCGCGGCCAUCACCAUUGCCGGUGUCGACGUCGCCUUUCCCGGUCUCUAUUACGGCCGCGACAUCGCUGUUCAUGGCCUCGCAGGAAUCCUUAGUCUUCGUUCCAACAUUUCUCCUCCGCCGACGCAGGUAGUUCCUCCGAUUCGUUCCGCCGAUCCCCAGUUUUUCUCUCCAAGAAGUAGUCCUGACUCGCCGGAAAACCAACCGGUUCUUGGUCCGGUUUCCGGUCUGGAGGUCGUUUCGCUCAACGUCACGGACAGACCGGGUUCUCCUCCUCCGGCCGAGGCUCCGGCACCGGGAACCAACGCUGUAACGAGGCAAUCACAGGCUGCCUCCCCGGUAAAUGUAAUGGUCGAUACUCCAGAUACUCCAGAACGGGAACCUGAUUGGACGGUUCUUCCUCCGGCAAAUCUUGGUGAUUCUUGGGAGGCUUCGCCUCCGACGUAUCCUGAUUCAGCAAUAUCGUUACCGCCGGUGGAAUAUUCCGACGCGACGGGUCCAGCGCCUGAAGCGUUGGAUGGUAUCAGAAAGUGUGUGAAUCCAGAUGAAGGAUUCGAAGAGUCAAUAGCCGGUGAACAAGUUUCCCACAUGCAGUGCUAUGCAGCAUAA